AUUUAUCACAAUGCCAGACACAAUCAGGACAACACCGUGGCCCAUCGGCCGGUCAUACAUUGACAGGCUGCCUGUAGAGCUCCUGGAAAAUGUCUUUGAAUCUUUCAGAGCCAAACCAGCCGCGAACUAUCUGGUCAGAGAUGGGCACCCGGAGGAAUUCGACCGUUAUAACUACGGGACUAGCCCAGUUGACACCGUAUCAUACCUCCAAGCACGUCGAGCAUUACAUGCACAGUGUCUGGUGUCCAAGAAGAUCAGUGAAGUCACACAUCGCAUGCUUUUUGACGAAAUAUGGAUCACAGACUUCUACACGCUGGUUGGACUUGUCAAGAGCUUGGCCUCAUACCCCCACAAUCGCCAGCGCAUCAAGUGGCUGGGUAUUGACGAAGUGUUCUUCGACAAUUGCUCCGAGCAGAAUUGCAAUUGCGGCGGCAAUGGUUGUUUCGAGCGGAACAGGUACCAUAUAAACUGGGUAACCGCCGCAGGGACUCCCGAGCCCAUGUGCUGGGAAGCCUUUAACGAGGCUCUGAAGGACCCCGAGAUACAUACUUUCCCAGAUGUGCGUCAAAUUCUCGAGAUGCAGCAAGAGUUGGAAGUGAGGUGGACUGACGGAUGGCAUUGGAUGAGCGAUGCCGCUUUCGAGCGAGUGUGCAAUCUCGCGCUCAAACUUAUCAUCUUCUUUUCCCCACGCCUACGCUCUCUCCGGCUCACAGCAACACUGGGGACGGCCACGUCGCCCUAUAUCUUCCGUUACGCACUCGGUCUCAUCCCUCUCCCGACCACCAAUCUAGGCGCAUUCUCUAUCCUUCAUGGAAACAACUGCGCCGAGUUUCUCACCGUGCUUAAUAUUGACUUAUCUUCGCUGAGAGUCUGUUACGGUCCCCACCAUGACCUUCGCGACGGUCGCGCAUCUCGUUGCCUUGAGUCGAUCGAGGACCUCACGCUGGUGGACGAUAGCGAGGUGAGCUUAGGACCCGAAGACGAACACGAAUGUAGAGGGAUCGAACCGGACUUUCUCCAAGUAUGGCUCGAACCCGCGAAGCGGCUUAGGAAAUUUCGACUUUACACCAGCUUCGAUCUCGAAGGGCUUGCUCGGUGGGCACACCAUUUGGGGCACAACAUCAACACAAUCCUGCUUUGUCACCGGGAAACACUCCAGCAUUUUGAGUGGUGUCAGAUGGUCAACCCUAGAACAACCAACGAAACAGCAUGGAAGAAAAUGUUCGGGGAAGAACAAAAGCUAUCAUGUCUUCCGCAGCUGAAGGAGUUGGAGUACCUGAAGCUUUCGCACGUGUUCGUUUAUACCCGUCAGCAGUAUAUUAAUCGAGGAAUUUUGGGCGUACCUGUUAGACCCCCUCAGCCACCGGUUAUGCCACUCCUUUUGGGGAUACCCGCACCUAUUCCAACACAAACACCUCCUGUGCCUGAAUCCAUUAUUGAUCCGAGUCUUGUGGAGAUCAACAUCCGGAGUGUACUCACACACAAUCUUUCAGAGCUGGGAGCGCCGCCCAAGUUGACGUCGGUUGACGUAGUGGGAAAUCUGCCGACGGACAGGUGUAUAACGAUUGAGCUUUGA